AUGAGACUCCAGCACCUGCACCUGCACCUCCCCGCCGCCCCGGGCGCCCGGGCCCCGGCCCAGCUGCUGCUGCUGCUGCCGCUGCUGAUGGCGCAACUGUGGGCUGCAGGGGCCGUGCCCCCCCAGAACGCCACGGCUCUGGAGCUCCAGGCCGUCGGCACCGCCGGCGCCCCGUGCGCGCGCGGCUCGCAGCCCUGGCAGGUGUCCCUGUUCCGCGGCCUCGCGUUCCGCUGCGCGGGGGUCCUGGUGGCCCCGAGCUGGGUGCUCACGGCCGCGCACUGCGGGGGCGACAGGCCGCUGUGGGCUCGCGUUGGGGACGACCACCUGCUGCUCCUGCAGGGCGAGCAGCUCCGCAGAACCACGCGCGCCAUCGUGCACCCCAAGUACCAGCACGGCUCAGGCCCCAUCCUGCCCAGGCGCACGGAUGAGCACGACCUCAUGCUGCUGAAGCUGGCCCGGCCGGCCGUGCUUGGGCCGCGAAUCCAGACCCUGCGCAUGUCCUACCGCUGCGCCCAGCCUGGCGACCAGUGCCAGGUGGCUGGUUGGGGCACCACGGCCCACCGGAGAGUGAGGUACAACAAGGGCCUGAGCUGCUCCGGGGUCACCAUCCUGAGCCCCCGGGACUGUGAGGUCUUUUACCCGGGCGUGGUCACCAGCAACAUGAUGUGCGCGGGCCUGGACCAAGGCCAGGACCCCUGCCAGAGUGACUCCGGGGGUCCCCUGGUCUGCGAUGAGACCCUGCAGGGCAUCCUGUCCUGGGGCGUUUACCCCUGCGGCUCGGCCCAGCACCCGGCCGUCUACACGCAGAUCUGCAAAUACACCUCCUGGAUCGAGAAAACCAUCCGCUCCAACUGA